AUGGAUCUCCCCACAGUGCCGCUUGUGACAGAGGGAGCGGAGGCAGAGGUGUUGCUCAGUGGUUGGCUCGAGAAGAAACGCCUGCCGGUCUUGCGCGACACCUGGGAACCGCACUGGUGCGUCUUAACUCCCAAGAGCCUCGCGUGCUAUGCGGACGACUCCUCGCCGCACGCGAAGACCACCUUGGAGUUGAGACAGAUGCGCUGUGCGUCCGCCUUCAGGGAAGAAGAGACCGGGGAUUCAGAGCUCCACAAAGCCACGCGACCUUGCGGCUUCGUGCUAGAUUUGGGCUUGGAAGUACCCCAUCCACACCAGCGCUUUGUCCACUUCGACGCCUUAGAAGAUCAGCAGUUGGAACUGUGGCUCAAAGCCCUGCGGCCCAUUAUUCUGGAGCUGAAAGUCCCACCGGACUCCGAGAGUCCUCAGGCCGCUCCGACCUCGCCCACCUCCCCCACGUCGCCGACCUCACGCGGCGUGCACGCGCGGAAACGGACCUUUCUCUAUCGAAGCCUGGAAAGCACAGCUACAAGGUCCGGAAGCAUCGCCCCCGAGUUCAGGUCACCGCUGCAGAUGACUGGUUCGACGUGGCGCCGGCCCGUUCGGAGUCGUGGCGAAGGGCCUGGAAGUGCCUUGGAAUCCCGGAAAAAACGCCUUCCGAAUCCUCCAACAGCCGCCAUGUUGACGUCCGGCGCCCUCGCUGCCCUGUCUCCAUGGCAUGGCGCGAAGGAGGAGGUGGAGGUCUCCGGCAAGCGCAGCCAGGGCACUGCGCUGGGACCCUUCUUCUCACCUUUGAGCACCGUAUUUGUACCCAGCGACGAUGAGGAUGAGAAGAGUGUUGAGAAGGUCCACGCCAAGCUCACCGCAGCCAACGGCUGCCCCAAAGCUCCUAAGCUUGGACCACAGGAGAUGCUGGGGAUUUCACCAGAAGACCCCCGCUGGAUGGUUGAAAAACAUGGAAAAUCCCAAUCUAAAAUGGAUGAUUUAGAUUGA